AUGCCGAAAAAAGAGACAAAACGCAAGGGUCAGGGGCGAUUUACGCCAACCUUAUUAAACUUAGAAAGAAACGAAACACCUUUCCCAAGGAGGACCAACAUUUACUGGGGUGUUCUCAAUCCAACAGAAGAUAACGCGAAGUAUUCAAGCCAAAUUCGUUUAUUUGAAGAAAGGCACACCAUUGGUCGUGGUGUCACAAGCACGACCGUUUUGAGUGAAAGUGGAAUUAGUUUUCAUCAUUGUACAAUCUAUAAAGAGUAUCAGGAAGAAGGUGGUCAGACUACCACCAGGUAUAUGCUGGAAGACAAGAGUUCUUUGGGGACCCUGGUGCAAGGCAAUCGAUGCAGAACCAAUGAACCUGUAAGAAUCUAUCAUGGAAACACGAUUGGUUUGAUAACUUGCAACGGCGUUCUCGAGUUUAAGUUAUUGAUAAAAGAGGAUCCUGAUAGUCAUGGAUCAUUCGCGUCGAAUUGGACUGUUAUCAGUCAUCUAGGAAGUGGUCAUUUUGCAGAUGUAAAGAUGGUUGUGCCUUAUGGGAAAGAUCCCAAUGAUCCCUUAACUCAAAAGGCUGCGGUUAAAAUUAUUAAGACUGAAUGCCUUAACCACCCGAAACUUCAUGAAAAUCUUAAUAGCGAGAUUUCUAUUCUUCGAAAUAUUAACCAU